UCAGUGGGACCGGUAGCAGUGGGGACGCUUUUGUGCUGGGAACUUCAGGACAUUUCUCGAAGGCUUCUCAAGGGGGAGGUGCCUGAUUGUGGCAGGUUGGAGGAUUCCCAGCCCGGAGGAGACUGGGGUUAGGAGCUAAGUGUGACAGAGGCGCUGUGGCCGGAAGUUCUGUGGUCAUGGCCCCCCAGGCUACAGACCCCGCCCGGAUGGGGCCCCUACGCCGCCUCCUGACUGCGGCACUACUUCUGGCUCAGGCUGCGCCUCAGGAGGCCUCCCAGCACUGCGGGCGCCUAGAGUACUGGAACCCUGAUAACCGGUGCUGCAGCAGCUGCCUGCAGCGCUUUGGGCCGCCCCCCUGCCCGGACUACGAGUUUUCGGAAAACUGCGGAUUCAAUGAUUUUGCCGAUCACGUGACAUACCCCUUCAAAGAGUGUCCCUUUGGGCAGUGCAACCCCGACAAUGCGGAGCUAUGUAGCCCUUGUGGCGCCGGAGCCACGGCCCCCGCUCCCGCAGGGAGCAGGAGCGGAACCCAGCGUCGCUGCAGAGAGAAGCCGGUCCCUCCCAAGGAGCCCUGUCCUCUCAAGUCUGGGAAACCCAGAGUUUAUAGCUCCCAGGAGCCCAGCCCAUCAGCGAUUUCCAGUGUCUCCUGGACACCUGAGCGCAACGUCACUCAGCAGGCCUUGCCGAAUUUUGCCCUGCCAGUGGUGCUGGUUCUCAUGGUGCUGGUUCUGCUGGUGACCUCAGCAGUGAUCCUUCUGCUUGCCCAGCGGUGUCACCGCCGGGCAAAAGUCCUCCAUCCCUACCCCGGCUUGGUUUGUGGCGACACCAGUAUCCAUACGGUCUUCUCCUUGCCCUCGUCCUCUCCAGGCUCCCUGGAGGCAUCAGACGCAGGGGAUAAGGUGUCUCUGGUUCCACUCCUGGGCAGAGAACUGCCGAGUCUGGCAUCACAGCCCCUGUCUCGCCUCCUGGAUGAGCUGGAGGUGCUGGAGGAGCUGAUAGUGCUGCUGGAUCCUGAACCUGGGCCAGGUGGGGGGAUGGCACGCGGCACCACGAGACACCUGGCGGCGAGGUACGGAGUGCCCGCUGCCUGGUCCACCUUUGCCUACUCACUGCGACCCAGUCGCUCGCCACUGCGGGCCCUGAUCGAGAUGGUGGUGGCAAGGGAGCCCUCUGCUUCUCUGGGGCAGCUUGGCACACACCUGGCCCAGCUGGGGCGGGCAGAUGCACUGCAGGUGCUGUCCAAACUUGGCUGAUCUGGGGCUUGUUCGGCCUCCUCCUCAAUGAAGUUUCCCAUGAAUUGC